UUCUACGGAUUGUUGUAUUACAGUUUCAUUUCAAUUUGUUUUUGAAUCAGUGCUUUAAUUUAUCACUAAAAAGUGGAAUGGUAUCGUCGUCGGACAGUGAGGAUGACCGAUUACGAGGAGGCCGAAGAGUCCCUUCAAGCGCUCCCCCGAUCCCGAAGAAAACAUACAUCAUUAAAAGUUCAGCGGUGCAAAAGAGGAAGCUACAAUGUUCUCGUUUGAUGCGUAACAAAUGGUUCAUCGCCGGAAUGAGCGCGCUCAUUUUGUUGAUUAUUUUAGCCAUCGUCCUCGGCGUAACUUUGGGCAAGAAGUCAUCUGCCGUUCCCGUAGAGCCAGUCCAUUUGAAGUGGUGGCAAAAUGCCACAAUCUACCGUUGCUAUGUAACGUCGUACGCGGACUCUGAUGGAGACGGACUAGGAGAUUUCAAAGGACUCCAGGAACGGUUACCGUAUUUGAAAGAACUGGGAAUUGAUGUUUUGUGGCUGUCGCCUAUCCAAAACACGAACACAAUAACCGGCACGGACGUCAUAGACAUUACGGCCGUUAAAGUCGAGUAUGGACAACUUCAAGAUUUUCGUGAGCUCGUCAUUUCGGCCAAACUAUUGGGAAUUAAGGUUAUCAUGGACAUCAUAUUGAAUCAUAGCGGAAGUGCGCAUAAGUGGUUUAAGCAAUCCCAGUCGUCAACACCUCCUUACAGGGACUAUUACAUCUGGAAUAAAGGCAAAGUGGGCACAGAUGCAAAACCCCUACCUCCCAACAACUGGGUAUCGAUGUAUAACGGGUCGGCCUGGCAGUGGAGUGAAAUUAGGCAAGAAUAUUAUCUCCGGCAAUUCUGGAGGAACGAGCCGGACCUCAAUUACCGACACCCACAAAUUGUCCAGGAAAUGAAAAGCGCGGCUACCUUCUGGUUGGAUAUGGGAGUGGAUGGGUUCUACGUGCGGGACGUCGCUUUCCUGUACGAAGACGCCCAGUUAAGCGACGAAAGUCAAUUAGGUAAUACACAGGAUUAUGCCUCUUUUAGCCACAAUUUCACGCGGGAUUUGCCCGAAAGUUAUCAAGCCGUCAACGACAUCUUUGCAUCCGUCAUGAUGAUGCCCCGAUUGGGUGAAGAAAGAAUAUUAUUUGUGGAAGCCAAUGAACGAGUGAUGAGUGACGAAAGGUGGUGGCAAACGUACCAGUCGAUGACGACCAACGCGCUUUACAAAUUGAAUUCGACAUUCGACGGUUUACAAUUAAAAGCUUUAGUUAACCAAUCGCUCGAAGCAUUUAACAAGACCAGGGCGUGGCCGACGUGGACGUUGGGUGACGAGACCCACAGUCGCAUCUAUUCAAAGUUCAAUCAAUUGGCUGUCGGUUUGCAGAUGAUUCAGAUUUUCCUGCCGGGAUCAUCGUCCAUCUACUACGGAGAAGAGUUGCAAUUCAGCAACAACAUGGCUAUUAAAUACGAAGAAACGGUCGAUGGUGCUGCCAAAGAGGCUGGUACUGUCAACUACAAUUUGAUAUCACGUGAUCCGUUCCGUACUCCCAUGAAAUGGAACACUUCACGACAUGCAGGUUUCACUUCCGCUGCCAAUCCAUGGCUUCCGGUGAACAACAACGACCCAACCGUUGACUCACUGAAAUCUAGAUCCAAUUCGCUGUGGAACACAAUCAAAGACAUGGUAGCCAUCAAGAAGACUUCGUUGGCACUAACUAAUGGAACUAUCGAGUUCCCCAUCGUCGACACAGACAUAUUUUCUUUUACGAGGGUUCACGCCUGGAAUAAUACGGGAUUUCUGAUCGUGUGGAACGUCGGCAGUCAGCGUAAGACGUUAUCGUUUUACAACACUACUUACAUUUCGAAUGAAAUGACAGUUAUCCGCAAAAUCAAAACGGAAGGAAGUCGAACGGAGACUUCGCCAGUGAAAAAAUCAGACGUAACAGUAGAACCAAAAGAGGUCGCCAUUUUUUCCUUUUGGAAGCAGUAAUUUGGUUAACUACCCUGAUUGUUCUACCACAAUAAUUAGUAAGACGCCUUCAUACACACACACACAUACCCAACUAAAUACAUUCGAAAAAAUGAAACAGGAACGAUUCUUUGCCGUCAUUUAAUUUUUUGUUUUUCACAUGACAAACAUCAAUCUUUUAUAAUACAAGUACUUGAUUGCUUUU